AUGGCGACCCAGUGGCUUGGAGCUAUCCCUCCUCCUCCAGGUGUCACGCCUAAUAUCAUUGACCCUCCGAGCCAGCGCUCCGGCAAUAUCGCCCUUCAUACAGUAUGCCUCACUCUGGCUACUGCAGCGGUUGCCAUGCGGGUUUACACCCGUACAAUCGUCACCCGUACAAAGAUGGGCGCAGAUGACUGUGUUGACAGUCGCAUUUUCCGGGUUGAUGAUAAAAUGGCUCUUUCUAACAUAAAGCAGUGGUUCACCUUUGCGCAAUACGUCUACUUGAUCCUGACCGCAACGAUCAAGCUCACAUUCCUUUUCUUCUACCGACGUGUCUUCUCACCACAGACGCUAUCAAACAUUCUGAUCACCUUCGGCAUCGUCUUCGUGGCUGUUACCCACGUUGCAAUUCUCUUCGCAACCAUCUUCUCGUGUUCCCCUAUUGCACGCGCAUGGAACAUUGCUAUUCCCGGCAGAUGCAUCAAUCCCACCAUUCUUCCAUAUCUAUCCGGUGCUCUCAGCUCAACAACCGACUUAUACGUGCUUAUCCUGCCAAUAUACCCAGUCUGGAACCUGCAUAUGAAACUACGCCGCAAGAUCAAGCUUCUCGGUGUAUUCGGCCUGGGUAUUUUUGCUGUAGCUGCUAGUUUGGUUCGACUUGCGGAAACCCCUGUUCUGCAAAGCAAUCCCGAUGCUACGUGGAAUAUUUCUCGACUGGCUGUCUGGGCUGUCAUCGAAGCCAACGUUGGAAUCUUCUGUGGAUGUCUAUUGCUCCUCCCUGCAUUCCUUGACCGCCACCUGCCCAAGUCCAUCGCAUCCUCGAUCAAGGGGCUAUUCUCUACUUCCAACAGCCGAAGGCUCGAAAAGGGCGGCAGCUCCGAUGCCUCUUCAAAGCAGUACUCCUGGCCUAACUCAACCCAUAGCCACAAGGUCUCAGUAUCUACCUCUUCAAAGAGACACAGCUAUCUAGAGCUCAACCCUUCGAACAGUGUGCAUGAUGCCGUUUAA